AUGGAGGCAGCCAAUGCAACAUUGAUCACGGAGUUCAUUCUAUUGGGAUUCCCUGAAUUUCAUGGAAUGAGGACGCUAUUUGUUGGGAUUGUCCUUCUGAUGUACCUGCUGUCCAUUUCAGGCGACUGUCUCAUCAUCUCAGUGGUCUUCAUGGAACCCAAACUCCACACACCCAUGUAUUUCAUCCUCAGCAACUUCUCCUUGACUGAGCUCUGUAUCACCACAUCAGUAAUACCCAAGAUGCUGACUAAUAUCUUUUUGAACCAAAAUACCAUCUGCUUCGCAUGUUGCCUGAUACAAGUUUUAUUUAGCUUCUCAUUUGGAGCUAUACAGUUAAUCAACCUUGCCACCAUGUCUUUUGAUCGCUACACAGCCAUAUGCAAACCCUUUCUUUACAAUGCAAUGAUGACUAAUAGACUGUGUUUCCACCUGUCGUUAAUGGCUUGGGUUGUAGGGUUUAUAGCUAAUUUGUCUCAAUCCAUAGUUUUGUGGACUUACCCGUUCUGUGGACAGAAUGUCAUUGAUCAUUGCUUCUGUGAUAUGGGACCUGUUUUGAAAUUGGCUUGUGCUGAUACAACUGUGAUGGAGCUUGUAGGUCUCUUUUAUGCUGCCAUUAUUAUGUGGGGUUCCUUUUUCUUUUCACUUAUCUCUUAUGCCAGCAUUAUAAACACCAUAUUGCGGAUUCCAUCUGUUACUGGACGUUCAAAGGCAUUUUCCACAUGUUCCUCUCAUCUCACUAUUCUUUGCCUAUACUAUGGAGCAAUGUUUUUCAUGUACCUGAGGCCUUCGACCCAAAGUGACACCCAAAUCAACAAAGUCGUGUUCCUUGUGACCAUUGUUGCUUUGCCUCCCCUAAGUGCUUUAAUCUUCACAAUCCGGAACAGUGAGUUCAAAACUGCUGCAAAAAGAGCAAUGCACAGAAGUUGCCACCUACCCUCCUCUGCUGUCAUGAAAUUAAUCAAGAUGGGGUCCGUGAAAAAAUGUCCUCAACAAAUUAUUUAA